AAAAAGAUCCACUUUUGGGUCGGCUCCUAUAUCUCAUCUCAAUUAUGUGUCAGCCAAUCAUAUCAUUUCUCACCUUAUCCAAUUUCAUCCCUUUACAAAAACUUUCCUUUGUGCCUUCCUCUUCUUGUUUGCAAGCUUUUCCAAUCCAAGAUACAGACAUGGCAACAACAGCCGCUGCCUUUACUCCUGCAACAAUCACUGGUGCAGUUGUGGAUUUUGACAGCAAGAUCCCCAAGAGAACGAACAAGGUGGUUUACAUGGGAGGAAUGAAUUCUUAUGGGGGUCUUAAAGCCCAUAACAGUGUGCUUUCUCUGAACAUACCUGUGUCCACUGAGCAAUGCUUUGCAAAGGUGGUUAGCUCAUUGAGAGCAGCAUCAAAUGGGAAAGGAGGAGGUGGAGGCGCACUCUCCUCUCAAUGCGGCGAUGCGGGUGAGAUAUUCAGGAUCGCUGCAAUCAUGAAUGGCCUUGUUUUGGUUGGGGUUGCUGUUGGGUUUGUACUCCUCCGAGUUGAAGCGUGGUAUGAGGAAAAUGAAUAACGGAGUCACAGUGGAAGUCGAUUGUUUCUCAGUAAUUCCUAGAGGUUACUAUAGAAGACACUGCAAUUUAAAAGCAACACCACAACCUCCCGGGGCAAAACUUGGCAGUGAUAAUUGACAGUAAUAUGAUCAAGGAAUUCCUUCAAUAUGCUUCAAGAGCUUUUCUUCAGCCAACUAUCUGCUGUUGGAGAACAUACUGGAUUUCCUCAAGAAGAGGGUCUCUGACAUGCAGAAAAGAGUUGCCAGCUAAUAAAAGCCAUCACAAGAGAUGUGAACAGUUCAAAGCCUACAACCUUUGGAAAAUGCCACCCCAAUCCUCCUCUCAAGUAGCUGCAAAAGCCAUAAUUUAGCAAAAUAGAUGAAAAACUAAGCUCUUCCAGAUGCACAAGAGUGAAACCAUAAACAUACAAAACACAUGAUGCUUUCUUUGCUAAUCAUCCUUGGGUUGUAAUGAAACUAUAGGAUGAAUUUCAUUACACUUGCAAAAGAAAAUAGUUUUCAAGGAGAAAGGAUAUCAGACUUCUAAAAGGGUUUUAAGAAA